CUUUGUACAUUUAUGUCCUGCUUUUAGCCAGCCAGGAGUGUGGCACAGAGCUUUUUGUACGUACCUCUCAAUUGCCUUCAGCUGACAAUAAUCCCUCUGUCAAAGAGGCCUGUGUUGGGGGGGCACGUUCUCCUGCCCUUCAUGGGCACGUGUAAGUCCCCUGAAAGCCCUGUGCUUUCCUUGUAUGGCUCUUCAAUUUCUAGUGACUCAGAGGCUGCAUGGUUGUUUCUAAGGAGGCUUAUUUAUAAUUGUACUUCUACAUUUAAAUGGAAAGUAAAGUGUACAAAUUGUGCAUUUCCAGGGCUAUCAGCAUCCUCUAAGAUUUGAUUGUGCAGUUCCUGUAGAUUUAACUGACACUGGUUUGGUGAGCCAGGAGUUUCAGUGCUUCCCAGCCGCACAGCCUCCUGUCCCCUCCUACACCCCUCCUACCCGCUCACGCCCAGAGUUCGGGCGCUCCAGAGACAGCUUUGAAGAGGAGACCAUCGUUCUGAACAUGCCUUGCCCCCUCCACCUCGCCCCCAAGCCAAUUUAUAAAAACCUGUUUACCCUACAAUAUGACUUGUUUUAAUAUUUUUGUAGAAAAACAGUGACAGUGCUGAGUUUUAUUCCCAUCCCUUGAGUGGUAACAGCCACCAUUAUCAUGACUGCCAAGUGCACCUCUGACUGUAACAACUCUGAGAAAGAAAAAUUAGCAAACCACUCUAUGCUGUUGCUGGAGUCCUGAUGUGUGGACAGAGGCACAUAUUCAAUAUUUGAGAAACUAACUGACUCUAGUUUGAAGAAAAGAUGCUUUACUUGCGUUCUGUAUUGGGCUUGAACAAUGUUUGAAAUUUCCGUAAAGAGUUGUUUGCUUUCAACAUCAAAAGCCUGGAAGGCCCCCUGAGAAUGUGGUUGUGCAGCAGUGUGUGAUUCUGCGUUUGGAGGAGUGCGGUGGGGGGAGAGGGUGUUAGGAUGAACCCCGGAUAUCUCAGCAGGCCUCUCCGUGUCAGACCAGUCCAGGGCACCCUCACGUUUCCGGAUGGAAUUGCUGUGCUCCGCUUGGACCUCUCGUUUGAAACCAGAGUCCUGCGUAUUAAAGUUUGAUACCUGUUUAGAGCAGGAAUAUCAGAGCAAGAAGUCUGAGUUGCUGCAGAUAGGCUGAGGAAGCAGGGUUUUAGCACAGAAGCCUCAGAAGAUAGUGUAGAGCCACAAGGUGUGUGGGUGGACAUAUAUUUGGGCCACCAGAUUGCAUGCCAAUUUGAAGGUUCAAAAAGAAAAAAAAGACAAAAGAAAAAAAUAAAAACCAAGGGAGAAGAUAGGAAAAAAAGGAAAGCAGAAAGAAGCAGAUAAGCAGCGAUUUGGUGGUUCUUUGGGGUACCAUCUCUAUGGGACCUUGUUUCUUUAAAUAUCUAGGAGGUACAUGUAUCUUUCUAAAAUAUAAUGGUAUCUUUCCUUUUAUUAUGAAUCUAUCUGAUGGUUUCCUCAAUAUAUUAAACAAAGAAUUACUAAGUGAUCUAGCAAUUCCAUCCCUGGGAAUAUACCCAGAAGAAUUAAAAAGAGAAACUCAACAAUAUCUACACUAAGGUUCGCAGCAGCAGGAUUCACAUUAACCAAAAGGUGGAUGCAACCCAAAUGUCCACCAACAGAUGAAUGGAUAAACCCAAUGUGCUAGACCUAUGUAAUGAAAUUUUAUUCAGCCAUAACAAAGAAUGAUGUGCUCAUUCAUGCUACAGUAUGGAUGGACUUUGAAAACAUCGUACUGAAUGAAAGGAGCCAGACACAAAUGGCAAUAUAGUGUAAGAUACCAUUUAUAGAAAUCUCCAGAAUAGGUCAAUUCUCAGAGACUGAAAACAAGGAGGGAGAAAUGGGAAGUGCCUGCUGAAUGGGUACAGGGUUUUCUUUGGGGCUGAUAAAAAAGUUCUGGAAACAGAAAGUGGGCAUGGCUAGACAGUGCGCUAAAUAAAAUUAAAUUGUACAUUUUAAAAUGGUAAACAUAAAAAAAAGUCUCUAAUGGUUUCCCACUGCCCACAGCUACAAGUCCAAACUUCUCAGCAGGUGCUAAAUCAGCCUUCACUGCGUGGCCACCUCUCUGGUUAGAGACCCAGCUGCUUCUCCAUGACAUUCAGGACCGGGCUCCACCAGCCCAGCUGCCACUCCCUCAAAACACCUGCCCUUCACCCUUUGCAUCAUUGUGUGUCCUGGUUCCUCUGCCUGGGACACCAUCCCUCCUUGCCCACCUGGGCCCUCUUUCCGGAAAGCUUAGUUCCAUUGUUAUUUUCUCUCUAAAUUUCCUUGACUCCCUCCUUAGCCCCUCAUUCCCUAAUAAAGAAUAAAUUGCUUUAUUAGCUGGGACCCCAGUGUGCCUCACACAUCCUUCUAUUAUAGUACUUCCUACAUUGCCUUGUGGUUUGUUUUCUUGUCUAUUUCCCUCCCUACCCGAAGGCCAGGGACAGUUGCCAGCAUCUGUUUAUAGAAUGGCUGUUGAAAAAAUUACGUUGGAUUGGUUCAAAUCACUGUUGUAUCAGGUCCAUUUUCUUCUCACCCACUUCAUUGCUUUUGGUUCAAUUCAAGGGCAAGGAGAAGGAAGAAGUAUUCUCAGUUUUCAAAGACUAGGACACUAAUAAUUAAUCAAAGAAGACAAAAUACUUGUCAUUUGAAAAAAAUAGCAAUAAUAGUAGAAGUAAAACAAAAUUUAUGUUAUGCUUUUUAGUUUUGAAGUGUUCCAAAGAAAUCACUGUAAAAUUAACGAAGCACUUCUUACAGGGGGAUUUUCCUCAUACAGUGUUCUGAAUCCUUCACUGAAAGAUUACAUUGUUACUGAGGUUUUCUCUUCCUGCUCAUCUCCAUAGGAAGUCCCGACCUCCAAGUUCUUUUGUCUCUGUUCUCUCACAAGCCCUAGUAGGGUGGUUUUCAAAUACUGAGAACUCAAUACAUAGGUGGUGUUUUGUCAAGUUCAUUCCAAGCAUUUCCAUGUACAGUUUUGGCAUAGUCAAUAUUUUUAUUUUCAGUAAAGUUGUUGCAAUGCCAAUGGCAUACUUCCUUUGGCCAGAAAGCAGAACCACUGGGAUAAUUUGCUGAAAGCCUCUAGGUUGCUGCCCUUCCUCCGGCUCUUCACUGAGCAAUUCUGCUGCGUCAGCCUUGUUUCUAGGGAGGCUCUUGCGUGCUGAAAAAGCCUGAGAAUUGCAUGGAGAGCAAUAGUUCCCUUCAGACUCUUCAGGCAGAGACAGCUAGCUCUUCAAGAGACCGGCGGCUUUGCUGGCAUUGCUGGCAUUCUGAAGUGGUUCCCCUCCCAGUAAGUUUAUUUUGCAGUUUAUUGAGGUGACAGAAGUCGGCAGACUUGGAGCAUCUUCUUCCCUCUGCUAUUAACCAGUUGUGUGACCUUGGGCAGGUUGCCUCUCCCCUUCAGAUCCUCAUUUUCUCAUUUGUAAAUAUAGAGGUUGGAUCCACGUAACCUGUCGGGUCUCUGGCAGCAUUAACCGGCAGUAAUUAUAGGAUGCCCACAAAACAGCAGCUUAAUUAACUCAGCAAAGUGUAUGGAGAGGAAAAGGUCAGUUCUCUCUAGAAGCAGGUAUUGCGCAACGAUGCACAGCUAUCAAGUACCACUUCUCUCAGCCAAUCCGCUUACGAAACAUUCCUUUCAAUUUAACCAAGACAAUACAGCAAGAUGAAUGGCACCUGCUCCAUUUGAGAAGAAUCACUGCGGGCUUCCUGGGCAUGGCGGUGGCUGUGCUGCUGUGUGGCUGCAUUGUGGCCAUGGUCAGUUUCUUCUGGGAGGAAAGCCUGACCCAGCACGUGGCCGGCCUGCUGUUCCUCAUGACAGGGAUAUUUUGCACCAUUUCCCUCUGCACUUACGCCGCCAGCAUCUCCUACGAUUUGAACCGCCUCCCGAAGCUAAUUUAUAGCCUGCCCAAUGACGUGGAACACGGCUACAGCUGGUCUAUCUUUUGCGCCUGGUGCAGUUUAGGCUUUAUUGUGGCAGCUGGAGGUCUCUGCAUCGCCUAUCCAUUCAUUAGCCGGACCAAGAUUGCACAUCUAAAGUCUGGCAGGGACUCCACGGUAUGAGUGUCCACACUCAAGUUCACUGCUCGGUGGCCCGUCCACAGUGCGGACAACUCCUGGGGGGAACAGAGCGGAGUUUGCGUCAGGAUCCCAAGCACAAAGCGGUCUUUUACAUUCCAACCUGUUGCCUGCCAGCCCUUUCUGGAUGACUGAUAGAAAAUCAUGCAAAACCUCCAUACCUUUCUUAGGACAAGACUACUGUGGAUUCAAGUGCUUUAAUGACUAUUUAUGCUUUGACUGUGAGAAAUAGGGAGCAGUGCCAUGGAACAUUUCUAGGCUUAGAAAAAAAGAGGAAAUUGCAAUGGAAAACUUUGUUUGGUUGCCAUUUAUUUCAGCAAGUUUGUAUAUAACACUUACCUGAGAGUCAUUUCUAUUUGCAAAAGGAUUCAUAACAAAGCGAGUAUAAUUUUCUUGUCAUUCUACCAUGCUUGUUAAAUUUCAAUACAGCAUCUUCAGAACUUGUCCUAAUGGUGUCUCCUGGCAGCACCAACUGUUUGUUUUUGUGGCUGUUCCGUGUCACUGGAAGAUUCUUCUUCUGUUGCCUUAUUUAUUUUUUUAAUUGAAGUCUCUUCUCCGUCUUUGUACUGGAACCAAAAUCAUAAGGAAAACAGACCAACCGUGUAAGAGCUAAUCCGUGACACUAUGCAGUAUUGUUUGAAGUCCUGUCUGUUGUCCACCCUCUGUCUCUUUCUGUUAACUGGAUUUCCCCAUUAAACGACUGGCCCCUUGUUAAUCCGGGUGUGCUUUCCUGUCUUCCAGCUGUGGCAAUGGGUUUUCCAGCCACACAGACAGAUGAGAACCUUGUGUUAAUAAGACUAUAACGAAGCCUUACUAAUUGCUCCAUCUCCAUUAGGUUGGUUGUUAUUAUUUGUCUUUUGUAUGUAGCAACCACACACUUGCUAUGCAAAAAAGGUGUCAUUUUCAAACUUUAAAAAAAAAACAAAAACCUUACCGUAGUAUUUUAAAUUCCCCACUGCCCUCUCUAUCUUUUCCUUUAUCAUCUGCCUGCUACUUAGCCAGUAAUGAGGAUUCAAGGUUUCCGACGUUCUCCCUGGACAACUAGGCCAGUAGGUUUCAACUUUGGCUGCCUGUCAGAACCAUCUACACCUGCUUGCUUCAACCAUGCCAAAACUGGACCCCACCCCAGACCAGCUGACCCUGAAUGUCGGCAGCUGGGCCUGAGCUUGAGUGUUUUGAAAAAACAUCCCAGAGGAUCCUGACUGGCAGCUGGGAUUGAGGGCCACUGUUCUGGGCCGGGAGCUGCAGUUGGCAUCUUAGCAGCUAACACUUAUGUAGCUCUUACUUCGGGCCAGCAACUGGACUACAUUUUUUCCAGGUAUGAUUUCAGACUCGGAAUGCUUGCUUCCUUUCCCUGAGUGUGGAUACAGUACAGCAGCUCCAAUCCUCUGUUGUGUUUCCUUAUCUGAAAUGGAAGGGUGGGAACUAGUUCACUUCUAAGUCUUUCCUUUUAACUCCAACAUGAUCCUCUGUUCUAUACACAAUGUGGGAUCAAAAUGCUCUUUAAAAUAGAGGAAGAUGCCAACUCAUUUGGUACUCAUAAAAGGAUAAUGAUAACCUACCCUCCUCCCCUGCCUGGUGGAGCCUGACUCCCAAGUGGCAGCGUUCAUAUGAAGUGACACUCGCCUUUUGGAAGAGGUGAGGUGGUCCCGGAGACCAUAGGAGCUCCUGCCCGGGUCUGUGGGGUUACACCCGUGCGUACACGCCCUGGCAAUCUCUCAGGCCUGUUUUAUAAACCCAUUCCUCUGGGUGAGAUCAGAGAUGUACAGAAAGGGGCAAUUAUUUUUAUUUAUUACUUAUGUGGGAAAAUCUCAAAGCAGGAGAGACGUUUCUUUGAAGUCUUCUUUAAAGAUCCCCGUAGAAGAUGUCGAGACUCUUGAACAUUUAUAUUCCAACCACCAAAGCGGUGUCUGAGUGCCUGACUUUUGAAGUUUCUGAAAAGCUUCCUAGGGGUUUGGAGUGAGAAUGGAAAAAAGCCUCAGACUGACAGAAGGUUGAAGGGUUCACGCACCAGAAAAAUUUGCCCAGAAGGGGGAAAAGUUCAGUUAGGAUUCAAACGUGUUCUGGCGAGAACAAAGCCUCACCACGUUCCAGGCAGAGUCAGCUCAGAGCGGGAGCGGGAGCCCGAGGUUCCCCGCUUUCUGUUUCCUGCCAGGGAGGGCGAGCCAGUGUUGCCAAAUCUGAGCGCUUGGCCUCCAGUCCUUCGGAUUCUCUCUUUUUAAAAAAUUUUUACUUAAAAACAUUUCCUUGGGCUUCUCUUAAGGUUAUUUCCUUAAUUGGCUUGUGAACGAAGCAAUUGGAACAGCCGCACCACUUCCAUGUGGGGCAGAAUAAUGUAUUGAGACAAUUUGUUUUUUCUCUUCCUGUUCUCUCUGUCCCACCUCUAGCCGCAUGCCUGUAGCCGGAGACUAGAGAGAGAAAAUGAUGAGAGCAAAUUUACAGCCAGCCAGUAAAUUGCAACAUCUUAUCUUCCCCAAACUGAGGACAGGUAGAGAGCAAAUGGUUUGUACCUUUCCUCUCUAACCAGCGAGUAAAUAGCUUGAAUUACCUUGGUCAGGGAGGUAGAAAACAGAGACCCAGUCAGUGCCAUUCGUGCCAUGCAAACCCAAGGACUGAGAGUCAGAGGAAUAAAUAACAACAACAACAACAACAACAACAAUAAAAACAAUCAUAACCAAACAAAUCUGAGACCGAGGCAAAGCUGACCAGAACAUGAGGCUGGUCCCCGUAUGCACUCAUUUGCUACAUCCACAUGUUGUUAAAAACACACCUGGAACACUGAUAACUACUCCGUUGAGGCUCUCCCCUGGGACAGCCGCCGCCCCCACCAGGGUUCCUGACUGCAAAAGAGACAAGAAGCUUCCAGGACAGUGCAGGCUGUCUCUGGCGCAGGCAGGCUCUCUCUGAGGCAUGCCCACACCUUUUCUUUCUCUGCAUGUACUUUCUCCUAAACUCUGAGGGUCCCGCCCCCCCCCCCCCCCAGGCUUGCAACCAGGGGAGCAGCACGCAGUGAGUGGCAGCUUGUUUCAGGGCUUAGCUCCUGAACGUGUCUCCGAGGCCCCCUCUCCUCUGACAUUUUUAGGCAGCCAGAGCAGCCCCACCUAGGAUCUCUCCUGCUGCUUGUUCUAUCCUAAGCCCUUCCUUUGUUUCAUCGUCCCCAGCUUUAAUAAAUGUACCCUCAAA